AUGUUUCCCUUGAAGGAUGUUGAAAUGGGUGCCUUUACCUUCUUUGCCUCCGCUCUACCACAUGAUGUUUGUGGAAGCAACGGGCUUCCUCUCACACCAAAUUCCAUCAAAAUUUUAGGACGCUUUCAGAUCCUUAAGACCAUCACCCAUCCAAGACUGUGCCAAUAUGUGGAUAUUUCUAGAGGAAAACAUGAGAGACUGGUGGUAGUGGCUGAACACUGUGAACAGAGCCUAGAAGACUUCCUCCAAGAAAGGAAACCUGUGAGCUGUUCAAAGGUUUUGUGCAUAGCAUUUGAGGUACUCCAGGGCUUGCAGUAUAUGAACAAACAUGGUAUAGUACAUCGGGCGCUGUCUCCUCAUAAUAUCCUUUUGGACCGAAAGGGACAUGUUAAAUUGGCUAAAUUUGGACUUUAUCACAUGACAGCUCAUGGUGAUGAUGUUGAUUUUCCAAUUGGGUAUCCAUCAUACUUGGCACCUGAGGUAAUUGCACAAGGAAUUUCCAAAACCACUGAUCAUGUGCCAAGUGAAAAACCAUUGCCCUCUGGCCCCAAAUCAGAUGUAUGGUCUCUAGGAAUCAUUUUAUUUGAGCUUUGUGUGGGAAGAAAAUUAUUUCAGAGUUUGGAUGUUUCUGAAAGACUAAAAUUUUUGCUUACAUUGGACUGUGUGGAUGACACUAUAACAGUUCUGGCUGAAGAACAUGGUUGCCUGGACAUUAUAAAGGAGCUUCCUGAAAAUGUGAUAGAUCUUUUGAAGAAAUGUCUCACCUUCCACCCUUCCAAGAGGCCAACCCCAGAUGAAUUAAUGCAGGACAAGGUGUUCAGUGAAGUGUCACCUUUAUACACCCCAUUUACGAAACCUGUCGGUUUGUUUUCCUCUUCUCUGAGAUGUGCUGAUUUAACUCUGCCUGAGGAUAUCAAUCAGCUGUGUAAAGAUAUAAGCAGUGAUUACCUGGCAGAAAGAUCAAUUGAGGAAGUGUAUUACCUUUGGUGUUUAGCUGGAGGUGACUUGGAGAAAGAGCUUGUGAACAAGGAAAUUAUUCGACCCAAACCACCUAUCUGCACACUCCCCAAUUUUCUCUUUGAAGAUGGUGAAAGCUUUGGACAAGGUCGAGAUAGAAGCUCACUAUUGGAUGACACUACUGUGACAUUGUCACUAUGCCAGCUAAGAAAUAGAUUAAAAGAUGUUGGUGGAGAAGCAUUUUACCCACUACUUGAAGAUGACCAGUCUAAUUUACCUCAUUCCAAUAGCAGCAAUGAGCUGUCUGCUGCUGCCACACUGCCUCUAAUCAUCCGGGAGAGGGACACCGAGUACCAGCUUAACAGGGUCAUUCUCUUCGACAGGCUGCUCAAGGCUUAUCCAUAUAAAAAAAAUCAAAUCUGGAAAGAAGCAAGAGUUGACAUUCCUCCACUAAUGAGAGGUUUAACCUGGGCUGCUCUUCUGGGAGUUGAGGGGGCCAUUCAUGCCAAGUAUGAUGCAAUUGAUAAAGAUACUCCAAUUCCUACAGAUAGACAAAUUGAAGUGGAUAUUCCUCGUUGCCAUCAGUAUGAUGAACUGUUAUCAUCACCAGAAGGUCAUGCAAAAUUUAGGCGUGUAUUAAAAGCCUGGGUAGUAUCCCAUCCCGAUCUUGUAUAUUGGCAAGGUCUUGACUCACUUUGUGCUCCAUUCCUAUAUUUAAAUUUCAAUAAUGAAGCCUUGGCAUAUGCGUGUAUGUCUGCUUUUAUUCCCAAAUACCUGUAUAACUUCUUCUUGAAAGACAACUCACAUGUAAUACAAGAGUAUUUGACUGUGUUCUCUCAGAUGAUUGCAUUCCAUGAUCCAGAGCUGAGUAAUCAUCUCAAUGAGAUUGGAUUCAUUCCAGAUCUCUAUGCCAUCCCUUGGUUUCUUACCAUGUUUACUCAUGUAUUUCCACUGCACAAAAUUUUUCACCUCUGGGAUACCUUGCUACUUGGAAAUUCCUCUUUCCCAUUCUGUAUCGGAGUAGCAAUUCUUCAGCAGCUGCGGGACCGGCUUUUGGCCAAUGGCUUUAAUGAGUGCAUUCUUCUCUUCUCUGAUCUACCAGAAAUUGACAUUGAACGUUGUGUACGAGAAUCAAUCAACCUGUUUUGUUGGACUCCUAAAAGUGCUACUUACAGACAGCAUGCUCAACUUCCAAAGCCAACUUCUGAUAACAGUGGAGUCAGAAGUUCAACAUCUUAUUUCUCGGAGUGUCCAGAUACUCCAAAAACAGAUCUGUCAAGAGAACCCAUCCCAUUAAAUGACCUAAAGUCAGAAGUUUCUCCCCGGAUUUCAGCAGAGGACCUGAUUGACUUGUGUGAGCUCGCAGUGACGGGCCACUUCAAAACACCCGCCAAGAAGACCAAGCCCAGUAAGCCGAAGCUCCUGGUGGUUGACAUCCGGAAUAGCGAAGAUUUUAUUCGGGGUCACAUUUCAGGCAGCAUCAACAUUCCAUUCAGCACUGCAUUCACCUCGGAAGGGGAACUUACCCAGGGCCCUCACACCUCUGUGCUCCAAAGCUUCAAAGGAAAGGUCAUUGUCAUCGUGGGGAAUUCUGCAAAGUACACAGCAGAGUUUGCAGCACAUCUUGUGAAGAUGAAAUACCCAAGAAUCUGUAUUCUAGAUGGUGGCAUUAAUAAGAUCAAGCCAACAGGCCUCCUCACCGUCCCCUCUCCUCAAAUAUGA